AUGGCUAUCGAAAGACGAGUCGCGGGAGAUAUUCGAAUAUCCGAGUCUAACUCGGACGUCUCCGCUCUCCCGUCCACCGCUUCUUCCGACGAGCCUUCAACUGCCACCAAUGACCCAACCAUGAGAGCCCAGUCGAUAUUAAUACGGCUUUAUGUGUCGCAUACGGUGUCAGCCUGGAACUCACGUAUGUUUGAGUUCGGGGCGGUUCUGUUCCUGGCUUCUGUGCUCCCAGGUACCCUGCUUUAUGCCUCGAUCUACGCGCUCGUGCGGGCCUUCUCUGCAGCUGCAUUGUCAUCUUGGUUAGGUGCCUGGGUGGAUCAAUCAGAUCGCUUGGUGGCGCUGAGGCAUUCAAUUGUCCUCUCCUUUGGCGGUACAAUGGUCACAUAUCUUCUCCACAGUGGAUAUCGUCCACUUGAGAUCAGCUGCAUGCGUCUUGGAUCGGUCGCGGCCGAGCUGUCUGGUACGUGGACAGCUCCCCUGGUGAUGAAUCGCAUCGGACCUAUUCGUUCGGGCCUGUGGUUCUUGAACUGGCAGUUUUGCUGUGUUGCUGGAGCAGCCGCGAUGUUCUUUCUCUGGGACUCGAGCUCCCAGCUUAUUGCGGGGAUGCUGGUAGUUGGGGUAGCCUUGAGCCGGAUUGGACUUUGGGGCUUCGAUCUUUCGGCCCAAUUUCUCGUACAGGAGAAUAUCGAGGAACACGCCCGAGGCCGAUUCUCUGGAACGGAGAUGGCCUUGCAGAAUAUGUUCGAGAUGCUCUCCUUCGCCUCAACUAUUGUGUUUGCGCGCCCUGAGCAGUUUCGGUAUCCGGUGAUAAUCAGUGCUGGGGCCGUGACCUUGGCGGCGGCGUGCUUCGCGGCCUAUACACGUAAAGAACGAGGUCAUUUGUUACAUAGAUCCAAGUGUCUGGGAGGCGAUAAAAAGGGUAUUUACCGGCGAGUGGAACUAGAAGAAUCCGCCUGA